AUGGCUCUGUUCCAGGACCCAUCGUCUCGUUGGUGUCUGUUGGCGCCCAUGACGUACAGUGUUCUGCUCCUCGUGUAUGUGAUCCUGCAGUUCAUCGCGUUCUUUUUCGUGCUGGUGGCCACGCCGAUCGAAGUGUUGGUGGAAAGAAACCCUCUUCUGGGUGGUGUACUUGCUUGCUUCACAUUGUGGGGUUAUAAACUACGCUGCCAUUCUCUUGAUUAUGUGUUCACCAUAGAUCAGGAAUUCAGCGACUGUCCUGUCGUAAUCCACCGCUUCCGCGCUGCACAGGCGUUCGCCAUCAUCUCCAUCUUCGUGUACGGCGCGGCGUUCAUCCUGGGCUCCAUAUUGCUGUACGGUUGCUCUUUUCUCCGCUGGGUCUGCCUGGCGCUGAACAUCGUUGGCAUUGCCACCUUGUGCGUUGUGUGGGCGGCCAUGGCGGUGACGUACAACAAGGAAGAAGGGCGUUUCUGCCCCGCUAUUAAAGAUGACGGCACAUAUGCUGCCGGCUUUGUUCUCUUUGUGAUUGCGUGGAUACUAGAUAUCAUCAACACGUUCAUGCUGCUGCUACCGUGCACGGUCCCGGCCACUAAACCGCCCGAAAAGGUGGAGUCACCGACAGCGGAAGAGUAG